AUGGGCGGUGGUGGACUGGGGUCUAUGCUAGGCGGGGGGCUGAUGGGCGGUGGUAGUGGUGGUGGUGGUAGUCCCUUAAUGGGUAUGCUAGGUGGUGGUGCAGGAGGGGGUGGUUUGCCCGGAUUGCCUGGUUUGGGUGGACUCAUGGGGGGUAGUGGUGGCACUGCUUCUGGUAGUGAUGGUAGUCUUGCUAGCCCUGGUGAGGCUGCAGGAAGUCUUGGUGGUGAGAGUAGCACGGGAAGUGCUGGUGGUGAGAGUAGUACGGGCAGUGCUGGUGGAGCAGGUGGUGUCGGUGGCUCAGGCGGAGCAGAUUCUGCUCUUGGGGGAUCUUUAAGCCCAGGUGAUGCUAGUGGUGCUGGAGGAUUGGGCGGAGCCGGCGGUGUCGGUGGCUCUGGCACGAGCGCAGGAAGUUCAGGUAGUGCUGGCGCUGCAGGAAGCCCCGGAGGAGUCGGAAGCUUAGGUAGUGCUAGCGGAGCAGGUGGUGCAGGUGGUGCAGGUGGUGCUGGUGGCGCUGGUGGUGCUGGAGGAGGAGGAGGAGGGGGAGAAACUAGCACUGGCGCUGCUUCAACCCCUUACCUGCCCGGAAGUUCGACUUCAGGUACAGGCAGCACUAGCACAGCCGUCGACACAGGACCGGCUGACACUAGUGCUGCGAGCUCAGGCACUUCUGCAGACGGAAGCACAGGCUCGAGCACUCUGUCCAGCAGGGGAGAAACAACACCUGCUCGACGUCGCAAACGCAAACGCUCACCGCUCAUGAUGGGUAUGAGCGGUAUGGGAGGGAUGCCCAGCCUUGGCGGUUUGGGUGGAAUACCCAGCCUCGGCGGCAUGGGUGGACUUGGUUCCAUGAUGGGUGGUGGCGGAAGCGGUGGCUCCUCCUCCCCUUCCUUCUCCCCUUCCUCCUCCUCUUCCGGCGGCUGUCCCCCACUCUACUUGAUCUUCGCACGAGGCACCGCGGAAAUGCAAGGAACCUUUGGCAUCGUCGGCAAACCCCUCUGCAACGGCCUCCAACAAGCCGUGCCGGGCACACAAUGCUACGACACAGUGUACACUUCCAGUGCCGAAUACAUGGUCUCUCCUGGAGUCGGAGCCAACACGGCUUCUCAAUACAUGGCUUCCAUCUCCUCCCGUUGCCCCUCAACCAAGUUCGUCCUGGGCGGUUACAGUAAAGGUGCAAUGGUAGUGCACAAGAUCCAAGGGCGCAAUGUGGUUGGGGCGGUAACUUUUGGUGAUCCCUUAAAGACGCAGCCGGUCCCGACGACGAAGAAUUGGAAGAUGUACUGUCAUGUGGGUGAUCCGGUGUGCAUGAACGGGUUCAAUAUGAUGGCUCAUUUGACGUAUAACAUGCAAAAUGUGCCGGAGGCGGUACAGUUUUUGGUGCAGGCUUAUAGGCAGUGUGGAAGCACAAGUGAAAGCACAAGUGGAAACACAAGUGGAAGCACAAGUGAAAUCACGAGUGGAAGCACAAGUGGAAGCACGAGCGGCGGUAUGAAUGGUCUUGGGUCGAUGUUGGGCGGAGGACCAGGAGGAAUGGGCGGACUGGGAUCAAUGUUGGGCGGAGGAGGCAUGGGCGGUUUGGGUAAGAUGUUAGGCGAAGGAGGUAUGAGUCCUUUCGGUAUCAGGAAGCGAUCUUCCCAUUCGCCUUCUCUGCCUGCACCUCACAAUCCUUCCCACAAGGCCAAGUCUGGAUCUGGUCCCAAGAGACACGGCCAUCACAAACACGGCCACAAGCACAGCCAUCAUCACAAACAUGGCCACAAGCACAGCCAUCAUCACCAACAUGGCCACAAGCACAGCCAUCAUCGCAUUCAUUCCAAGAAAGCUCCUUCUCACUAG